AUGGCCCAAGAUGGAUUUUUGCCGUACCCCAAGGGAUUUGCAACAGCUGCAAUACAUCAUGCCCAUGAUCCAGAAAACUGGAAUAGCAUGGCUGUGAUACCACCUAUUGUUACAAGCACUACUUUCAAACAGAACGGGCCAGCCGAAUAUGAGAAAUAUGACUAUAGUAGAUCAGGAAAUCCAACAAGAGACGUUUUGCAAGCAGUUCUUGCAAAGUUAGACAAUGCGAAAUAUGCUCUGGCAUUCUCUAGUGGAUUAGGCGCCACUACAGCUCUGUUGGGUAUGCUGAGCAGUGGAGAUCAUAUUGUUAUCGGAGAUGAUAUUUAUGGAGGUACCAACAGAUUGCUCAACCAAGUCAUGGCCAGGUUUAAUAUUAAAAUGACUUUCACGGAUCUGACGGAUAUAUCGAAUUUAGAGAAGUCUAUUGAACCCAAUACAAAGUUAGUUUGGUUGGAAUCUCCUACAAAUCCUACUAUGAAGGUGGUAGAUAUAAAAGCUGCUGCAGCGAUAGCUAAAAGGCAUAAUAUCCUCCUUGUCGUUGACAACACCUUUUUAACCCCAUACCUACAAAGACCUUUGGAUUUAGGAGCUGAUUUAACAAUUUACUCCAUUUCAAAGUACAUGAACGGACAUGGUGAUGUUAUUAUGGGAUCCAUCGCUACGAACAAUGAAGAGAUUUAUCAGAAAUUGAAAUUUCUACAAAAUGCAAUGGGCAUAAUACCAGCUCCCUUCGACUGUUAUCAAGUGAAUAGGGGCUUAAAAACUCUAGCUUUGAGGAUGCAAAAACAUAACGAAAAUUGUCGAUUAGUUGGUGAAUUUUUGGAACGUCAUUCCAAAGUGGAAAAAGUAUUACACCCAGGACUGCCUUCCCAUCCCCAAUAUGAGCUGUUCAAGAAACAGGCAAGUGGUCACAGUGGCACCUUCUCAAUGUAUUUAAAGGGUGGCUUGGAAGAAUCCAGAACAUUUUUAAAGGCUGUGAAAGUAUUUACGUUAGCUGAAAGCUUAGGGGGAUACGAAAGUUUGAUUGAAUUACCGUAAGUAUUAGAAUCGGAUACAUGUGAUACAUGAUAUGACUAUAUAUGGUUAAUAGGUUUCAAACUAUCAAAUUGCCGUGUUGAAUGAUGCUGGAGCGCAAGUUUCAUACUCCUAUAUCGAUGAAAAUAGAACUGUAAGAGAGGUUAUGUAAAAAGCCAAAAAUGUAACGGGGGUUAUCGAAUCUACACUAGUACUGUCGAUGCCCUAACUAGCUGGGCGUUCGGCAUUCCAGUAGGUGACAGAUGUCAACAUCAUCUCUAGGUUACGUCUAUCAACACAUUAUCACUAAAGGCCACGUUGCCAGUUGUAUUUUCCUCAGUCCAGAAAUCAUAUACCACUGCUCCAUUGCCAUUGUUUAGAGCCAGUUUUAGUCAUUGAAAUCAGGUGCCAAAAUUAAAGGACGGAUGCAAGUGUAUGGAAAAGAACAUUAAUAUACGGUGAUUCAAAUGCACUAAAAUUCAACCAGUUCAAUUCUUCAUGAAAAAAUGUUUAGAUAAAAGUGGUGUAUUUUUCUGAUACCAAUUCCC